AUGGCGGCGCCGGUCGAGAGGAGCGACAUAAUAUGUGCACCCUCCUUCCACCUCACACAGCUCCUGACGGGGCACGGCUGCUUCGGCUGGUACCUGUGUGAGAGGGUGGGACGAGAGCCGACGACAGCGUGCCACCAUUGUGAUGGAAGAGCCGUGGACACGGCACAACACACACGCGAGAUAUGCCCUGCGUGGGCGGAGCCUCGCGCUGCCCUGUCCGCGGCUGUAGGAGGAGACCUCUCACUGCCGGCGCUAAUACGCCGAAUGAUUAGCAGUGAAGAGGCAUGGGCGGCAGUGGCUUCCUUUAGCGUCACCGUUCUGACACAAAAGGAAGCCGCAGAACGAUCGCGCGAGGACGACGCGAACUCGCUCCCUCAGCGCCGAAGGAGGCCAGGUAGGCGGAGAAGAGCCUUCGCAGCAAGGCUAAUGCCGCCUUAA